GCGCGUUGUGUUCGAUCGUUUUCACCCGAAUUGAUAUCAUAACCACAAAGAGAAGCCUUAGCCUAUCUAUUAUACUGACGUUUGUGAACAUGUGGCCAUCUAAGAUUCUAUUCUUUAUUGUUUUUGCGGAAACAUCGACUUGGGUGAAUUCCGACUGUAACGAACAAGAAUUACAAUUCAUGUUACAAAGCUCACCUUAUAGUAAGUUCCUGAAUCAAAUAUUAAUAUUUCAAGGAGUCUAUAAUGCUGUAGUCGGGGACUUGCAAACACAUUAUGAAAAACAAACCCUUACAGUCAAUAUAAGCUCGAGUAGCCCACAUAGUUUUUGGAAAGGAAAACCGUACAUUAGUGUAGAAGUGAUGGAUAAUUCUGGCAUUAAAACAUACGAGAGGCUGGUGGAAGGCGAAACUGUUCCUAUAUUCCAUGAAGUCCCGAUGAGAGAAGGAUUUCAAAUAAAGAUAUUUCACGCGGAAGCAUCUGCGAGACUUCUUUCCCCAGACGGCAUCACCCACCUCGGCGUAAACAGGACUACACAUAGAUUUCUAGUGACACGAUAUGGGUUAAUGAACUUGGCACUAGGAAAUAAUCCUCUAUACACGUUCUUGCAAAAGUUGUAUCAAUACUCUGGAAACCUACAGGGUGCUUUCUUUGGAUCCGAUAACGGACGGCAUGUGAUAGUUGGCGUUCGCUCUCUUCCCCAACCGUACCGAACUGAGUAUGUGAUGAAAUACAGUACAAUAAUGUCGGAAUGUACUAUGAUGUUUAUAAUGAGGACAACCAGCGAGAGUAUGGGACAAGGCACUGUUGUAGUGUCGUCGAAACAAGGCUUACAGAACUUAAUGGGCACGGUGGUGGACAUUAAAAGUGGCGACGAAGUAGUCUUAGAAGACACAAUACAACCACAAGCAAAUCUGUUCAACUAUGCUAAUGUGCCGUUCGGAGUUUAUUCAGUGGAGUUUCGCGGAAGAGGUGCUGAAGAAUACAUUAUACAUCCUCAAUAUAUAGAAGUGAAUUCUAAUGUAAAUCCAGUACUAUUCGAUUUCAUAAGAAUUGAUGACAGUUUGAUUUUCAAGGAUCUUCCUUUGGAUAACCAGUUGAUGUAUAUAACCUCAAAGGCUAAUGGCAUUGCAACGAGUGCCUUUAGAUCUAGUGCAUCUCUGUACCUAUCAACCGAAAAGAAAUUACUUUUGGCUGCUAUUCGUUCCCUUCCAGGUGAUACUAGUGGCCAAUUUCUUAAUAGAUAUGGUGGUUUAUUCAGACCUUCCGGUCCCGAUGAUAGUAUGCGCAGUGCUAGGCGAUAUUCAGGUGUUAAUCGCCGUGAAAGGCAGUGAUUUACUUCAUUUUGUAAUUUGAUGGUAUUUCUUUUUGCUUUAUCGUAAUAUUUUUCAAAUGGUGUAUUGAUUAAUUAAAGGUUCGAG